AUGUCGAGCACAACAAUCAUCACCCCGGGCACAAUCACACGAGAGAAGAACGAGAAUGGCGACCCUCUGUAUCCUGGUUACAUGCCAUUCUAUGAUCCUCUCGAGAAGGUAGACGACAUCGGUGCUUUCGAGCAUUUCGAUCCUGGUCACCGCGCUGAUCCCAAGUUGCCCAAUCUUCUGAAGACCGCGACCAAAGUCUGGGACCUAUCUCCUCAUGUGGGAACUGAGGUUCAUGGAGUUCAGCUGUCUCAACUCGACAGCGCCGGUUUGGAUGAACUAGCCCUUCUUGCUGCGCAGAGAGGUGCCUUGGUAUUCCGCGAUCAAGAUUUUGUGGAUAUUGGCUUCGAGGCACAAAAGAAACUUGUCAGUCAUUUUGGUCCUCUGCACAUUCACGGUUGGGCCCCUCAUCCUGCUGCGGGAUCUGAACAGCACAUGAUUAUCUACGAUCACAUGGAUGAUCUCCGUGUUCGCCAAUCUUGGGCCGGUCGUAGCCCAGUUCAAUGGCACACAGACCAGAGUCCCGAGCAGCAACCCCCUGGAACCACUUUCAUUGCUAUGCUCGAGUCCCCAACUACCGCUGGCGGAGACACUCUUGUAAGUUCCAGCGUGAGGGCAUAUAGCAGUCUCUCGCCUCGCUUCCGCAAGCGCCUUGAAGGCCUGACAGCCAUUCACACAAAUAACGACGGUGUCAGUCAAGAGCUCAAGCAGGGUCAACAAGCCGUGAUGCGGCGUGGAGUGCUUCAGGCUGAACACCCCGUUGUACUUGUUCACCCUGUUACGAAGCAAAAAGCCCUUUAUGUAAACCCAGUCUACACGAAGAAAAUCGUCGGGUUUGACCAGGAAGAGUCGGACUGCAUCCUCAAAUUCCUUUUCGAUCACAUCGCCAAGCGACAAGAUUUCUCUUGUCGGAUCCGUUAUGAAGCUGGCACUGUACUUGUAUGGGACCAGCGAGUCACCAAUCACUCGCAGACUCUCGAUUACCCCGUUGGAGAUCAUUGA